AAGUUUAAUUCUUCCCGGAGUGAGUUCGAAUUGUAUUUUAAACGCCGGGGAACAGAGCAACAUGGGGGCACGCGUAACACGGGCGUUUAGGAAUUUUAACUUGGAAAACCGGGCUCACCGAGAAAUCGGAAAGGCAAAACCUCUUGUUGCCCCCCGACAUCCUUCGCACAAGGAUACGACAGAACAAACACCCGAGAUUGAUAAAUCCAUCCAUAAGAAAGAUGACCCAUUACUGUCCUUGCUGAAGUCGGUAUACGUGGAGUCAAAGGACCCUCCUGCGCAGGUCAUGAAACAGUCGCAAGCAGAGACCUUGGAGGAUGAAGAACGCAGACCAUUGAAAUUCAGUCUGCCUGGGGACCCCUAUGGCAUGUUGGACAUCACAGAUGUCCCAAAAGGCAAACUAUCAAUUGUAGAGGCUCUCACAGCUCUCAACAACCACAAGCAAUCUCCAAAAUCAUGGACCCCUGAGAGGAUCGCCCAGGAGUACUCUUUGGACUUAAAAGACACAAAAGCACUUCUAGAAUUUUUUGUCCCCUUCAAUGUCAAAAUUAAACCCCCAAAGACGGAGGAGCCCAAACAGAUUAAAGCCACCUGACGUCGGCAUCUAGUUUUACCUGACAUGAUGGACUGCAUCAGGCUUUUGUGUAUACACAUUUUUGUGUGAAUGAAUAUAUUUCUGAUGAAUGUGCAUUUUUUUAGAUCUGUUUUUAGAUCUUUACAUUGCCAAGAUAAUUCAAAUGGUCAUCGUGAAGAAAGAUAUGGAAAAACAUAUUUAUUGAUUUCUAUAUUUUGAAUAUUAAAAUAUUUAAACAUUAUCUUAUA